AUGAAGUUCAAUUUUCAAUUAAGUUUAACUAAUAUUUUGUCUUUUAUAACCAUUUUACUUAUUAGCGACGCUUCUGUUUCUGGUGAAACAGUGUCAGAACACAGUUCUGGAUCUAACACUGUCACCUUAUCUCCCGCUGGUGCUGUAACCGUAAACACUCAAAGUACUAGUACUAGCUACUGGACUGGGUCAUCUGACAUCACCUAUUCAACUGUUAUUGUCGAAAAGAAAUGUGUCGAAUACGAAAUUACCUCUAGUACUGUUUACUUUGUUCAAACGCCAAUUAGGAAUACAAGUACUACUUUUACCACAUGGUCCGAUUAUAUGGAAGGCACUAUUACGUCAACUUAUGGAACCACCACUUUUACUGGAAUAGACGGUUUGGAAACAACACAAACAAUUUAUAUAGUUAUUACUCCAAUAUCUGAAACCACCACCACUAUAUAUACUGAUUUCCCAGAUGGAUUAGCUUUUGUUGUAUCCCCAACUUCAUCAAGGACAUCAGUCACUGUUACACCUACUAAAGGAGCAGCUUAUGUUCAACACAUUGAGUACGCUAAUAAACCACAAAAGAACUAA